AUGCCGGUUGCCAAUGGCGCAUCCAGAAGACGUCAGAAUUUCCAGAAAGUUGUUGUCGCUUGUACUGUAUACAUGAAGCGCUGUACAAGUGUUCUUGACUUAAUAUACCUUGUGCACCUUUGGCGUUGCUCAACAAAUCAAGCGAAAACUACGUGGAUUGCUCUAUGCCAUGCGCACAAGAAAUGUCGGCGACCACUUGGUAUUGCGAUUGAGUUUGAACUGAGUCUAAGCGAUCGAAUUCUGCUACCUGACGCCUGCCCAUCAAGCACUAAAUAUGGGUUCCUAUGCAAAGAUAAGCGUGAAGACCCCUCCAAAGAACCAAUCCUCUUGGAGUCGUACUCAGAGACUGAGUCAGUCCGCUCCAACAUGACACGUUUGUCCAUCGAUGUGGCGAUGCGCUUGUUGAGGUCAAGCGAGGUUAAGAAAAAAAGUACCACUCACCUGUCCAAACGAUCCUUUUCCGAUCAAACUCUGUAUCAGAUAUCGUCCCAUCCACAUUUCACCCGGUCGCACGAUAUAGUCGUAAUUGGCAUCGGUGUGACGUCUGUCCACCUGUUGCUGGGAUGCCGGCGGGUGCUGACUGUUCCCAGUUCCGUUCUUCGCCAGGGUCAUCGAUGCUGUCGUUGUGGUGAUGAUCGUGGGUACUUGUGGCGCUUGGGACUGCUGCAUGGACGGUACAGGUGCGAACCGGGAGUCAUUGGUUGCGCUAUUCGUGGGCAUAACGGCUGUGAGUGUGCCGUCAUUCAGAAUGGACGAGUUGAACAUGGGCUGAUUCACAUAGGUCACGGCCGUGGAUUUGCCGACCACUUCAUUGGCCGGUCGAUUGGCCGCUGCCCUUUGAACGGCGCCAGCUAUUUGAGCUUGAUGUUGUUGAUAUUGAAGAUGGUGGUGAUGGUGCUGGAACACUUCGUUGGGAUGGGGUCGGAAGGACGUUGGUGGAGCCAUAAGAAGAGAACAGGACAGGGAGGGCGACAGCAUAGGGCUAGCCUAUCACAAACAUACGAGGUACCUUUGUCUCCGACAUUUGAUUGGACAUUCAGGAUAGGAACUGACAACAUUAAUGUCUACGGGCGCGAGAUGGCUCAGUGGAUGGCUCAGCGCGGAUCUACUGACCGGGAGGUCCCUAGUUCGAACCCGGCCUCUACCUCCCGUCUAGGCUUGGGCAAUCUGGCAGUAUCCCAGCCCUCGUGCUUCCCUCUGGUGGCAUGGAAGUUAGGCACCGAAAGCGUGCUACAGCUGAACGAACGAUGUACUUAG